CGAAAGGCCGGAAGUGUCUGUGGUUGGCUGGGCGUGUGGAGGGCGGGAAAUCGGAAGGCCCCGUUGUCCGGUUGUCGGGGGCUGUGAGUGGAGCUGAUGAGUUAACCCUUCGUGGUGUGACACACUUUAUAUCACCAUGUCCUGGAGUUGUAUGAGAGACUCUUCCUUGAGACGUUUCCUGUCCGCUCAGUAUGGCAGAAUUGGAAGUCAGUAUUCGCCUCCAGAUCUCUUGUUUGACACCGAGCCAGAAAACCUGCCGUCAACUAAUGAUUCCUCCUCUGCAGAUGAGGAUUUUGAUUCCUUAGUUUUAUUUGGAAUGUUGAGAGGGAAUGUGGUUGGCUUGCGUUAUUAUACUGGGGUGGUUAACAAUAAUGAGAUGGUUGCACUUCAACGUGAACCCAAAAACCAAUAUGACAGAAAUGCAGUUAAAGUGAACAAUGUUAAUGGAGAACAAGUUGGUCACAUAAAGAAAGAACUGGCUGCAGCAUUGGCCCCGAUCAUGGACAGGAAGAAAGUAAAGAUGGAGGGUACAGUGCCAUUUGGGGCAAAUAAUGCCUUUACUAUGCCAGUGAACCUGAGUUUUUGGGGAAGAGAAGAAAACAAGACAGUUGUUAUGGAUCAUAUGAAGAAAUAUGGUUUCAAACUUGGACCUUUGCCACAAAGCUCACAAGGAUUGAAAGGAAGUUCCUUUUCUCCAAAAUCUCAACCCCGUCUCGGUGCUCCAUCACUUCCAGCCGUACAGAUGACUACAGAGCAGUUAAAGACUGAAUUUGAUAAAUUAUUUGAAGAUCUGAAGGAAGAUGAUAAAACCAGGGAACUGGACCCGUCAAAGGCUGUGGAAACCUCAUUGCUCCCUCAUCAGAAGCAGGCACUGGCGUGGAUGGUAUCACGUGAGAAUAGUAAAGAACUGCCACCAUUUUGGGAACAGAGGAACAACUUUUACUACUGCACACUUACAAAUUUUGCAGAAAAAGACAAGCCAGAGACUUUAAGGGGAGGACUUCUGGCAGAUGACAUGGGGCUGGGAAAGACUUUAUCAAUCAUUGCUUUAAUCCUCACUAACUUUCAUGAUGGAAAACCUUUUCCAGUUGGACAUGGCAUUUAUGGUAAAUCUUCUUUAGACGAAAAAUCUCUUGUACAAGAUGACUCAAGAAAAUCAUCUAACAAGAAACCGUCACGGAGGAAAACCGAUGAAACAAACGAAAAACCAGGGAGCAGCAAAGGAGAAACUCUGCCUAAGAGGCAAAAAGCGACGUUUACAUUAAGUGACUCUGAAGAGGAUGAAUGGAUUCCACGAAAAGGAAAAGCUCCUUCGGCAUGUAACGUAGUCAAUGAUCAGUUUGCUAUGGCUCUCUUUGGCAAUCCUCCAGCUGUGAAGCAAAAAACUAAGAAAGAAGGCACAGCUCCUCCCGCAUGCAACAUAGUGGAUGAUGACCAGUUUUCUAUGGUUCUUUUUGGCACUUCUAUAGUUGCGAAGAAAUCGACCAAGAAAAAGAGCACAGUUAAAACCUUAACAGAUAAUCCUACAAAAUGUGAAGUACAGAAACGUCCAAGAACAACUCUAAUCAUUUGUCCCCUGUCUGUGCUGAGUAACUGGAUUGAUCAGUUUGAGCAACAUGUUAAAGCAGAUGCCAAAUUAAAUAUUUACAUCUACUAUGGGCCUGAGCGCAACAAAAAUUCAGACUUCCUGUCCAAGCAGGAUGUUGUAUUAACAACGUACAAUGUGGUAACUUAUGAUUAUGCUAAUGAGAGUCCACUACAUAAAAUAAGGUGGCUAAGAGUUGUAUUAGAUGAAGGGCACACAAUCAGAAAUCCAAAUGCCCAACAAACAAAAGCUGUUCACAACCUGGAUUCAGAAAGGCGAUGGGUGCUAACAGGUACCCCUAUUCAAAACUCCUUGAAGGAUUUGUGGUCAAUUCUCUCUUUCUUAAAACUGAAACCCUUCACAGACAGGGAGUGGUGGCACCGCGCCAUCGAGAGGCCAGUCCGCAUGGGAGAUGAGGGAGGAUUACGCCGAUUACAAGCACUUAUUAAAAAUAUCACCCUGAGGAGGACAAAAACAACAAAGGUUAAAGGAAAGCCAGUACUGCAAUUGCCUGAACGUAAAGUUUAUGUCCAGCACAUCAAACUUUCAUCUGAAGAAAGAAAAAUAUAUGAAUCAAUGCAGAAUGAAGGAAAAGUUAUUAUUAGCAGGUACUUUAAUGAAGGAACGGUCCUGACACAUUAUGCUGAUGUGCUUGCAGUGCUUGUCCGAUUAAGGCAGAUCUGCUGUCAUCCCCAUCUUGUUUCAACUAGUCUGUCAAAUUCUCUGUCAGCUGGUUCAACCCCUGAUGAGUUGCGAGAGAAGCUGGUGAACAAGAUAAAGAUGGUGCUGAGCUCAGGCUCAGAUGAAGAAUGUUCUAUAUGUCUGGAGUCUCUGAACAUGCCAGUUAUAACCCGCUGUGCGCAUGUCUUUUGUAAAGAGUGCAUUUGUCAAGUUAUUCACAGAAAUAAGCCAAAUCCAAAGUGUCCUAUGUGCAGAGGUGAACUGUACAUGGAGCAUUUGCUGGAAUGUCCAGAGGACGAGUGCGACCCGAGUGACAGACAAAAUAAUGAUCAGAAAUGGAUGUCCAGUUCCAAAAUAAGUGCUUUAAUGCAUGCGCUGACAGAAGAGAAAAAGAAAGAUCCACAUGUCAAAAGUAUCAUUGUUUCACAGUUCACUGCAUUCUUAUCAUUGAUCCAAACAGCUCUCAGAGAGUCCAGCUUCACAUUUACACGCCUGGAUGGAUCUAUGAACCAGAAAAAGCGAACAGAAGCAAUCCAGUCAUUCCAAAGCAGUCAUAAAGAUUCUCCAACCAUUAUGCUGCUGUCACUGAAAGCAGGAGGAGUCGGUCUUAAUCUGACAGCGGCGUCUCGUGUGUUCCUGAUGGAUCCUGCAUGGAAUCCAGCUGCUGAGGAGCAAUGCUUUGAUCGAUGUCAUAGACUGGGACAGACCAAAGAAGUUAUUGUUACUAAGUUUGUUGUUAAAAAUUCAGUGGAAGAAAAUAUGCUAAAAAUUCAGGACAAGAAGAGAGAACUGGCUUCAGGGGCAUUUGGAGGAAAUAAGCCAACAUCCAGUGAAAUGAAACAAGCCCGCAUUAAUGAAAUCCGGACCCUGGUAGAUUUGUAAAUGCAUACCUUCUUCCAAACAUUUCAGCAGAGGUAUAAAAACAUUUUUGUUACAGCGGUUUGUAUUAACAGUGUUCCAUUAUAGAGAAAUCUGUAUUUUUCAAUAGCAAACAUACCUGGGUUGUAGUGUCCAAAUUAAAGCACUUUAUUCGUC